GGCAGACGAAUGAUACUGUAUGAUAUCGGCAGCUCUGCCGGCAUGUCACGCUAGGAUUGGGGCUGAAAGUACGGUUUCUUAUCCGAUCGUCACAGAUAAGACACAGACGUCGAAGAGAUAUAAAUAUCUCGUGUUUUCUACCUUAACGCUUCUCAGUUUCAUAUUCUGCAGUGGUUGACAAAACUUCAGUAAUCUGUACUGGCAAUCAAUUGCUACUACUUGAUUUGCUAUGACUGGUUUUACGGACAAGGAAAAAAAUGGUGUUAUCAUCACCACUAGCACUAGCACGCCAAAUGCAGAGGGAGAUUAUACUUCUAGUGUGGGGUAUAUAGAGUAUGACAGCGGCUCUGGUAAAGAAGAGCGUGGAGGCCUGGAGGUUGGUGAAGAAGAGGACGAGCUUUUAAAGUACGGCCCGGACGAGAUCUUGGACCCCGACCAGAACAACGCACCGUUACCUGAGGUUAGAGCUGUUGUUGAGACCACUGAUGAUGUGAGCUUGCCGGUCAAUACGUUGAGAGCAUGGUUUCUUGGUGUUGUGUUUACCAUUGUGGGUUCUGGGGUGAACCAGUUUUUUUCCAUGCGUUAUCCCGGUGUCACCAUUAGUUCUUUGGUUGCUGAGUUGAUCGCUUUCCCCUGUGGACAACUCUUAGCCUCAGUUUUGCCUCUUUGGACUAUCAAUUGCGGGAAGUUAGGCAAAUUGGUCAUAAAUCCGGAUAGGAAAUUCAAUAAGAAGGAGCAUACUUUAAUCACUAUCAUGGCCAACAUCUCUUUCACCUCUUCUUGGGCCACCGAUGUUAUCCAGGCGCAAUACAUUUAUGGUGUCCCUUCCAAAGCCGGCUAUAAAAUUUUGAUGGUCUUGACAUGUCAGUUAUUUGGUUUGGGUGUUGCAGGGCUCAUGGACUCGAUUCUUGUUAAAGAUUCGAUGAAUUAUUGGCCAAAUACAUUGGCAAACGUUGCGAUGUUUGAUUCGCUACACAGUAAGCACAACCCUAUUGCCAAUGGUUGGAGAAUAUCAAGACUCAAGUUUUUCCUCAUUUGCUUCACAUGUUCAUUUGUCUACUAUUUUUUCCCAGGUUUUAUCUUCCAAGCAUUGUCUUACUUCAACUGGAUAUGCUGGAUUGUUCCAGGUAAUGUGGUAGUUAACCAAUUAUUUGGCCAGAUCCAAGGAUUGGGAUUUAGCCCAAUCACAUUUGAUUGGGCUCAGAUUGCCUAUGGUAACGGGUCACCUUUGUUGAUCCCAGUUGCUUCCCAGGCUAUGACUCUUGCCGGUUGGUUCAUAUUUUUUGGCGUUCUACCAUUGGCACUGUACUAUACCAAUACCAUGUACUCAGCACAUCUGCCAAUGUCAUCAUCAACUGCUUACGACAACACGGGUCAAGAGUAUAAUGGUUCACGAGUACUCGAUGCUGCAACCAUGUCCUUGAAUCUUGAAGCUUACAAGAAUUAUUCUCCACCAUUUUUAUCAAUUACAUAUGCUAUUGGGUAUGGUCUUUCGUAUGCUGUUUUGUCAUCAUCGGUUGUUUUCACGGUUUUGGAGUAUGGAACUAACAUUGUUGCAGCUUUCAAGGGAAACUUGAAGAAGGAUGUUCAUGUGAGAGCCAUGGAAAAGUAUAAGCCUGUCCCAAAAUGGUGGUACAUCCUACUGACUGUUUUGGUUUAUGUUGUUACUAUCAUUACCAUGGAGAAAUACGACAGCAAAUGGCCGGUGUGGGCUAUCACAAUUGCUUUACUCAUGGUUAUCGUCUUUAUCCUACCAGUUGGAAUAGUUUACGCAAGGACUAACAUCAACACAAACUGUAUGACUGUUUUAGGUCAAAUUUUGGCGGGCUAUACCAUUGACCCACCAAAGCCCAUUGUUUCGUUAGCUUGGAAGUUUUACGCAUAUACUGGUAUUUCACAAGCCGUUGCGUUUUCACAAGAUAUGAAACUUUCCUACUAUAUGAAGGUCCCAAAAAGGACUGUCUUUUGGGCACAGUUCAUAUCCUGUAUUAUUGGUGCACUAGUUCAAGUUGGUAUUUUAAUCUUCAUGUUAGACAACAUUGAGGAUAUUUGUACACCCGGCCAAAAAGAUCACUUCACGUGUCCUCAAGGUACCACGAACUUUGCGGCUUCUGUUAUAUGGGGGUUGGUUGGCCCCAAGCGGUUGAUAUCUGUUGGCAAAAUAUAUUCCGGAUUUUUACACUUUUUUUGGAUCGGGGCUGUCUGCACAAUUAUUGUUUGGGCCCUGCAGAAGUACUUCCCAAGAAAUAAGUAUCUCAAGCAAAUUAAUAUGGUUGUGUUUUUUGGAGCUUUGGGUAACUAUCCACCAGCAACAGGUCUAAACUAUACAUCGGCGUUUGUUGUUGGAUUCCUUUUCAAUUACGUGAUUAAGAGGAGAUGGGGUAAUUGGUGGUUGAAAUACAACUUUGUGCUUUCGUGUGCUUUGGACGUCGGUCUUGCUUUGUCCGGAAUCAUAAUUUUCUUUUGUUUACAAUACCCUGGGGCCUCUAUUAACUGGUGGGGGAAUGAAGUUUUCAAUAAUACCGCCGAUGGCAAGGGGACGCCAUGGAAGGGUUUACCUGCCAAAGGAUAUUUUGGUCCAGAUGCCUGGAGUUAAACU